AUGGCCGGAAAAGAUUACUAUGCUAUACUAAACGUCCCAAGAACCGCUGAAGACGAAGUCAUCAAAAAAGCCUAUCAUAAAGCAGCACUACAAUAUCACCCCGAUCGAAACCCAGGUGCCAGAAAGGAAGAAUCCGAUCGCAAAUUCAAGGAAGUCUCGGAAGCCUAUGAAGUACUAUCCGAUAAAAACAAACGACAGAUAUAUGACACAUACGGUGAAGAUGGCCUCAAAGGUGCUCCAAACGGUGCUGCAUCUGGUCCAAGUGCUGCCGGUGGAUUCCCACAAUUCAGACCUUCUGCUGGUGGUCCAUCACCAUUUGGUCAAGCGGGAUUUGGAUUUCCGCCGUCUGGAGGAGCGUUCUACACGAGUACUAGUAUGCCUCCUGGUGGUGGUGGCAAGUUUGAUGAUUUUGAGCCAUUCUUUGGAGGACGAGACCCAUUCCAUACAUUCGGAGGCACUGGUGGAGCUCAGUCAUUCGGUCCCAAUGAUAUGGAUACAGACUUUAUGCCUGGUGGGUUUGGUAUGCCUGGUGGAAUGGGUGGUCCUCCCAAACGACCUGGUAUGCAUGGAAUGCCCGGGAACAUCCCACCACGACCAGCACCAGUCCAAAAAGUCGUACAACGAAAACUACCACUCUCACUCGAAGACUUGUAUAACGGUACCGUCAAGAGACUUAAAGUAACUAGGAAGGCUGGAGGUACUGAGACUGAAAAGAUAUUGGCUGUUACCGUCAAGCCUGGAUGGAAGACGGGUACCAAAGUCAAAUUCCCUGGUGAAGGAGAUGAGUUGCCUUCUGGAGGUGCACAGGAUAUUGAGUUCCAAGUCGAAGAAAAACCACACGACCGCUUCAAACGUGACAAUGACAAUCUCCGAGCCUCACUUGAAAUCGAAAUAUGGGAGUCCUUGAGUGGCUUGAACCGGACAAUCCAGAGUUUGGAUGGACGACCAAUUACAAUCUCUCAUCCAGGUGUCAUCAUCCCCGGUCAAGAAAUCAAAGUAAUUGGUGAAGGCAUGCCAAUAAGUCGACAACCUGGUAAGAAAGGUGACUUGCUGGUCACAUGCAGAGUCAACUUCCCAAAGCAAUUGACUACCGAACAGAAACGAGAUAUAAGGAGAGUGUUUGGGAAGAAUACAGAAAAUCUAUAA